AUGUCGGACUCUCGAGCCUGCUUUUUCGGCGUCCUCACCCUUGGAUUCCUUCUUGCGGCUGCUGGGUCGGGUCCAGACGUGGAGGUGUUGCGAGGCCACACGGCCAAGCUGGGCGCCAGCGAGCUCCUGCAGUUCUCCGACAAGUCCUUCCGCCGCUUUGUCUUCGACCCCUUGGAAGCGGCCCAAAGGCGACCCUACCGCCUUGUCCUCCUCCUCACCGUCCCCAACAGUCCCGCUUGCGGGAUGCUGCGCAAGGCCCUCGGAGCUGUGAAGCGGGCGGUCCAGGGCGUGCCGGGGGUGCCGGACCUCUUUUUCGCCGAACUCAGCUCGGAGAAGGGCAAGCAGUCCUUCAAAGACAUCGGCAUUUCGCACGCGCCCGUGCUGCUGUACGUGCCGCACCAGGCCGACGGCGAAGCGAAGAACCCCGUCCAGUACCGGAUCGAGUCGAUGGAGCACCUGACCGAUCCCGAGGUGGUGGCCGAGUGGAUCGCCCAGAACAGCGGCCUCCCGGUGCACAUUCCGCAGCCGCUGUGGAAGAACCCCAACGUACAGACUGCGGCCGCCGUGUUGACGGGCCUCGCCAUCCUCUACAAGCUGCCCGCCGUCAUUCGCAACUACGACCACCACCUCAUCUACUUCUUCGGCGUCAUGUGUGCGUACGUGUUCACGUUUUCGGGCACGAUCUACAACGCCAUCCACGGGGUGCCGUGGUACGGCCACAACCACCAUACGGGCGAGCCGGAGGUCUUCAUGGGCGAGAUGCGCUCCCAGUACGGAGCCGAGGGCAUCGUCAUCGUCGUGCUCAACCUGGUCCCCGCCCUCCUCUUCAUCCUCCUCACCGCCUGGGUGCGGCUGUUCUACUCCCACAAGGCCCCCUACUACCCGUUCAAGGUCUAG